AUGAGGUGGUCCUCUCUUGCAUUGGCCCUCCUCGUAGGAGUCACUACUGCGGCCGACACCACAACCUCCGAAUCCACCACUAGCAAAUCCGAUUCUUCUACCUCCAUAAACCUGUCGACAGCAUCUACCGUGACCGACCCAAGCACCGUGGCCAUUCCAUCGGGCCAUUAUAUCACCUACAGCACCACAAUUACCCUUGACAAUGGCAAUUCCUCCGUUCUGGUCUCCACGACGGCCGCUCCCAAUGCCACAGCGACCACCUCGGGCAACCAGACUAUCACAUCCACUACAUCCGACUCGGUGACAGUCUUGGUUGGCGGGGGGCACACGACAACUCUCGGAAAUGGGACUAUGAAUGCCACGACUACCGCUUCGUCCACUUCGACACAGACAGCAGUCGUCAACACUCGCCCGUGCAAUAACUAUGCCGAGUUCUGCACGCGCAAUUAUUCCAACAUCACCAUGGUUGCAGCCCAUAACAGUCCCUUCGUGCGCCAGGGCAACGCUGCUGCCAAUCAGGCACUAGAUGUAACAGCCCAACUGGACGACGGUAUUCGAAUGCUUCAAUUCCAAGUCCACUAUCAAAAUGGCACUAUGAUGUUAUGCCACACAUCCUGUGAUAUCCUCAACGUCGGCACUCUCGAAGACUACCUCACUACCGUCUACCAAUGGAUGCGCAAGAACCCCUACGACGUCGUUACAAUCCUCAUCGGAAACUACGACUACGUCUCCCCAGAGAACUUCACCGCUCCAAUCGAGGCCUCCGGUCUGAAAGAUAUGGCCUACACCCCAUCCCAGAUCCCCAUGGGUCUGGACGACUGGCCGACACUAUCAGAGAUGAUUCUCACUGGCAAGCGCGCCGUGUUUUUCAUGGAUUACCAGGCAAACCAGACCGCCGUCCCGUGGCUGAUGGAUGAGUUUUCGCAAAUCUGGGAGACGCCGUUUUCGCCGACGGAUGCAAACUUCCCUUGCACCGAGCAGCGGCCUCCUAAUUUGUCGACUAAGGAUGCGAAGAGUCGCAUGUAUAUGGCGAAUCAUAACUUGAAUCUGGAACUUAGUUUGGGUUCUUUCAGCAUGCUCAUCCCGAAUACUGCCGUUAUCACCGAGACUAAUGCUGUCAAUGGCAAUGGAAGUCUGGGCUGGAUGGCGAAGAACUGUACCCGUGACUGGGACCGUCCACCCAACUUCUUGCUGGUGGAUUACUAUAACUACGGCAACUUCAAUGGCUCCGUCUUCGAAGUCGCCGCUGAGAUGAACAACGUCACUUAUAACCGCACCUGCUGCGGCCAAGAAUCUUCCGCCGUGCCUGGCAUGUCGACAGCCAGUAUCUCAACGAUGCUGGUGAUCGCAGCUGGCGUACAGUUCUUCCUGUCCGCAUUCUGA